AUGGUAAUUGGCGACUUUCUGAUUUUAUGUGUGCUUAGCUUCUCCCUGUACCGCGUGUACGUGCUGAAUCGGAACAACUCCUAUCAAACUCAUCUUUGCCACUUGGUGAGCUUUCCACCGGCAAUCAUUGCGAACGAGUUUGACUUCCAGGACAUGAAUGCGAACCGCAGAGUGGAAAGGAAGGAUUUGGAUGCGUACCGUGAGGCCGUUGUGUCGUGCAAGGGCGCCGGUAGGCCCAUCGAAUCCAUCAUCUUCAACUACUAG